UAUAUAUAUAUUUCAGCUACACCACUCAAUCUAGAACAAAACAGAUAUACUAUUGUGGGAGGUGAAAAUGCCAGUAUUUUAGAUUAUCCAUAUCAAGUAGAAGUUCUUUACUCAAAUUCGCAUUCUUGUGGAGGAUCAAUUUUGAAUAAUAAAUUUAUAUUAAGUGCUGCCCAUUGUUUCGGUUCUGCGCAAGCUAGCGAUAUUACAAUAAGAGCAGGCUCCUCUUACAGUGCAAGCGGUGGACAAAUAUUGCAAGUGAAAACGAUAAAUGCUCAUCCUGAUUACGAUCCAUACACUCAAGAAAAUGAUGUAGCUGUACUUGAGUUGGCAACGGAUCUUGUAAGUAUUUGGCCUGAACAUCAUUCGAAUGCAUGAUCGUAUUCUAAAUUA